CCGGUGGAUGCUGCGCGACCUGCAGCGGAAGCAGCGGGGCAGUGAAGCAGCCACCCUCCUCUUCCUCAUCCUCCUCUUCCUCCCCAUCCAGGCAGCAGCAGCCAGUCUGCGGGGUCUGCGGGACGCCAGGAUUUCACGCAGGACGGAUCGGAUCGGCGCUGCUUUCAUUUUCUUCUUCUUCUCGGUUGAAGGAAAGUUUCGGGAUUCGUGUCUUCAUCGGGAAACUUUCACCUAUGGUUUGUGAAUAUGGAGCCAAGUGGUUUCUCUCCGGGAAACGUCGCUGCGCUGCUGCAGCUGCUGCUGUUUGGAGGAGUGGCGGGGUUAUACUUCCCUCAGAAGGAAUACACUGAGACGGUGUACGUUGGACAGCCAGCGGGGAUGCCCGUCCUUCAGGUCCACGCCAUGCUGGACGGCAGGUCCGAGCGGCCGCAUUUCUACCUGUGCGGCAGCAGGCGGCCGCCGUACGCGGCCUGGUUCCAGAUGGACGUCCAAACCGGAGAGCUGUCCCUCAGCAAGACGCUGGAGGAGACGGACUUCGCCUCGCUGUAUCAGAACUCCUGGCCCGCCAAGCGGCUCGCUCUCCAAGUCAUGGCUCUAAAUAGCGUCAGCAAGCGCGCACCAUGCUCCAGGAACUCAGCUCACAUCACGCUGGACUUUGUCAACGGUUCGAUGCCGCGCUGCGCCCAGACGGACAUGAAGGAGCUCUGCUUCCCGCACAGAGACACGUCCAACCCGCACAUCAUAGAGAACAGGUUCCCUGGGGUUCUCCGCCAACUCCGGCGGCUCACCAGACUCACUGUCUGCCCCAACUACACCAUCACCUACGGCGUGGAGUCAGAGGCUCCUGCUCCGUUCGCCGUGAACGGAAACACCUCGGAGCUGGUGGUGACCGCCCCGCUGGACCGGGAGGAGAGCGAAAACUACCGGCUGCUGCUGGUUUGCACGGUUCAAACGGAGAGCGUCGUCACCAAGGUGGAAACUCCGCUGGACGUCUUCGUGGACGAUGAGGACGACAACGCGCCUUACGUCAACGGGACGGACACGGCGGAGCUCGUCAUCAGCUUCAACCGGACGAAGGGCGCAGCUUUUGGCACCUUGUUUGUCUUUGACAGGGAUUUAACCACCUUGUUUCCCAAAGACCUGAGCCACAACAGGUAUGUGGGGACUUUGCUGAGCAGUGAGUCCUGGAUUAAAGACACAUUUGACAUAAAGGGAACCUUCAGUGAACGCAGAGCGUCCCCUGGUGGCAUUCGAGAGUCAGUUUACGAUUACCAGUUGAUCCUGAAGAGGAACCUGGAUAUCACGGAGAACCGGACUGUGUUUCUGGAUUAUUUGGUGAAUGACACCACCUAUCCGGGUCUGGAGGGAACGGUGCUGCUGCACUUCAACGUCACCAUCUUACCGGUUCAGAUCCGCUUCGCCAACAUCACAGACGUCUUCACGCUGUCACGAAAAGCUUCAGUAUACGCACAGGUUGGAAGAAUCUGUGUGGAAAACUGCCUGGAGUUCGACGGCUUCAGCGUCUCUUACCAGCUGGAGGUUCCGGAUAAAAACAUGUCGUCUGAGCUGCUGUCGUGUUAUUCCGCUAUAAGCAUCACCCAGGCUCCAGACAGGAUGCUGGGAGUGUUAUACGUUAAUAACUCCGGCGCACUGAGCAAGCCGGGCUGCCAGGACCUGGACUACACGGUGGUAGCUCAGGAGGAACACACUCAGCUGGUCGCCAGCACUCAGAUCCGCAUUUUACUGCACGGUGAAGCAAAUGUCAGUCAGGAGAGCCAGCAGCUGCUGUCCUGCGCAGAGAACAGACAGAGAGACGACUGUGAGGCGUCUCAAGGCCUGGGAGCAACGACUGGGGCGUGUCAGUGGAGACAAGGCUCUGAGAAAGGAAUAUCUGAGAACUACUCGACUUGCUCCCCUGACCUGAGAACAUGUCCCGAUAGCGUUUGCGAUGCGGUGGAAAGCAGAGACACUUCAAUUUGUCCACAGGACUGUACAACGGAAAGUGUAACUGGAGGCCAUGAACGAGGCCUGAGCGGGAGCGGCAUCAGAGCCGGCUACGGGACCUGCUACUGCUUCUCUGAGAAAUGCUUCUGCGAGAACGCGGACGCCGAGGCCGUUGUGUCAAAAAACAGGUUCCCAGACGUGAUAUGUGACGACAUGUGUAAAACCAUCGUUGCCACCGCUCUCCUCUGCUGCUUCAUCAUUUCCGUCCUCCUGUCCUCAUACUUUAUCCACUGGUACCACAAGAACUCCCCCAAGGCUCCCAUCGCGUUCGCUGAGAUGACCUUCCGUCGGCCGGCUCAGUCUUACCCCAUCAGCUUCCCUGCCAACAACGUGCGAAGAGGCUCACAGGAAUCCAUAGAGGCAGACGCCUUUAAAAUACCUGAAGAUCCAAAGUGGGAGUUUCCUCGUAAAAACCUGGUUCUGGGGAAGACUUUAGGCGAAGGGGAGUUCGGUAAAGUGGUCAAGGCAACGGCGUUCAGACUGAAAGGAAAAGCCGGUUACACCACUGUGGCUGUGAAAAUGCUUAAAGAAAACGCUUCACACACGGAGCUGCGUGACCUCCUGUCCGAGUUCACCCUCCUGAAGCAGGUCAACCACCCACACGUCAUAAAGAUGUACGGCGCGUGCAGCCAGGACGGGCCAUUGUACCUCAUCGUUGAGUAUGCCAAAUUUGGGUCGCUCCGUAAUUUCCUGCGUGAGAGCAGGAAAGUUGGCCCCAGCUACAUGGGCAGGGAUGCAAACCGAAACUCCAGCUACCUGGAGAACCCGGAUGACAGGGCGCUGACCAUGGGAGACCUCAUCUCCUUCGCCUGGCAGAUUUCCAGAGGCAUGCAGUACCUGGCAGAAAUGAAGCUCGUUCACAGGGACCUGGCUGCGCGAAACGUCCUGGUCGCUGAGGGACGAAAGAUGAAGAUCUCCGACUUUGGUCUGUCCCGGGACGUUUAUGAGGAGGAUUCGUAUGUUAAAAGGAGCAAGGGCCGAAUUCCUGUGAAGUGGAUGGCGAUAGAGUCUCUGUUCGAUCACAUUUACACAACUCAAAGCGACGUCUGGUCCUUCGGUGUGCUGCUGUGGGAGAUAGUGACCCUGGGGGGAAACCCGUACCCAGGAAUCGCUCCUGAACGCCUCUUCAACCUCCUCAAGACCGGCUACCGGAUGGAGAGACCAGAGAACUGCUCUGAGGAAAUGUAUAACCUCAUGCUGCGGUGCUGGAAGCAGGAGCCGGACAAGAGGCCGACGUUCUCAGAUAUCAGCAAAGAGCUGGAGAAGAUGAUGGUGAAGAGUCGGGACUACCUGGACCUGGCGGCGUCCACGCCGGCCGACGCCCUGCUGUACGACGACGCCCUCUCCGAAGAGGACACCCCACUAGUGGACUGUAAUAACGCCCCUCUCCCUCGAACCCUCCCCUCCACAUGGAUUGAAAACAAGCUCUAUGGCAUGUCAUACCCCAGCUGGCCCGAGACGAGCCCGGUACCUCUCAACAGACACGAUGCCACUAAUCCGGUCUUUACAAGAUAUGCCAAUGAUAGUGUUUAUGCAAACUGGAUGGCUUUGCCUUCACCCGCUAAAGCUGUGGACAAGCUCGAUAGCUAAAGGCAACGCUGCACUGUAGAAAACAUGGGUAACUGCUAGAUGUAUAUUUAUUUUUCUGAGUUUGUAUUGACCCUUUGCUGCUACGUCACUUAAUCACUGGAGCUGCCAUGGUGGACAUCGGAAGUGCAGUAUGGUAGUAGUUCCCACAUGUCUGAACUGGAAGUGAUCAGCACCAGCUUGUUAGGCAAUCUCUUGCAACAAAAAGAAAAUAUGUGGAAACUUUUGACCAGUGUGCAAAAGAAAAAUACAUGAACAAAAUGGCUGUUGUUGGAAUUGACCCAUAUGAGACAGAGUAGAGAAAUAUCUCAGGCUAUGUGGACAAGCUGCCUCUGAUCUCAUACUUAUUAUUAACACGGAAUAAAUGUUCCAAAAGAUUUGUAAAAACGAACAGUCUAUGUGACACACACAACGACUAUAUGUCUGUUUUAGCUUGAGAUAAAAGCUACAUUUUGCUAGUUCAGCAAUAAGUACUACAGUAAAUGUCACUGAUAUUUAUCUUAGUAUUACACAGAUGUGGGGUGUAUUCAAAAAUAGUAAUCGAGUAAUAGUUCUAAUGUACUUAUUUUGGUUAUAAGUUAAUCAGAGGGAGAUGAGAGCUUGUUCUAAGCUUAUGGCUUGUUUACUGUUGUCAUAGCAACUGCCUAUCAAAAUGGCCGUCAGUCACUAACUUCAGGAAGUGUGUCAUCACAUGAGAAAUAUGUAUGGAACAGUUGUUUUCCCAAGUUGUUUUGUUGACAGUUUAUUCAUGGCUGCUUCUUGUUCAAGUCCAGCUAAUUUGUCUGUGAAUGUAACACAUAGACAGCGCUAUUCACAAAAGUUGGAAACAGCUAGUUUAGAAACCGAUGUUUCCUUCCUCCUGACGUGUUGAUAAAAUUACCAUUUUACCCUGAAUUUACACCACAUAAUUUAUAUAACAGCGUUUCCUCCCUUUAACCAGAGCAGCCUUAAAAAACGACAUGCUAACCAGAUUGUUUCCAUACAUGCUAGGCUACAUGACGGUGGAGCUUAUCUCCAUGGUUACGAACGGUUUAACGUGCCCCUUUUCUAUAAUCCAAUAUUUGAUUGCAUCUUCCUAAUCAUACUUCAUCAUAAAGUUUAUGAUCGUUAAUCUUCUUACCUUGUUAGAAAGUGUCCGCUGCAGAUCCGCCAUUACACCGAGGGCUAACAGUCAUUACAUCGACAGCUGGUCUCCAUCGCAACCGUGUCUUUCCUCAAUAAAAAUAAAAAUAAUACAAUAAAAAAAUACAAGUUUCGUUUGUACGCUUGUCUGUUUUUAAAGUGAAACCAGUUAAAUAAAAGCGAUAUUUUUACGUCCGUCAUGGCAGAGCGGACUGCGCUCCGAACAGCGUGACGCCACACGCAAAGGGUCAAUACCCGCCAUUUUGUUUGUUUUCAACUGUUUUAUUCUUAUUUUUUGUCGUUCAGACCAGCCCCACGCUCCUCGUUAUUACCUCACAGGUCAUGCUGACCAAACUGUAUCACUGCAUGACUGUUGUACCAGACUGUAUGUCAGUGUCGAUGUCUUUAAGUGCCUGUGCUGCUUUUUACACGGCCUCCAGCUGUUGAUGAGGUUCCUGUUUCAGCCCAGGAGAUUAAGAAAAAAAAAACGUUUUCAUAACUGGAUUGUUUUGUCCUGAAACUCUCAAACCUGCUUUGUGUUUCAAAGCUUCCAAAGAAAAACGAAUGCCUGAACUCUUUGUUUUUUCUAACUUUUCUCUUCGGUUUUUACUAAAAGUUACAGUAGAGGGAGGGCUGGUCCAACCAGAGGAGAUGAUUGGUGGCUCGGCGCACAUCCUGUGUCUCAUUAACACUGUCUGUCAUAAUUAUGUAAAGCAAUGUGUGGUAUUGCUGUUAUGGUAUUUGAUUUUGUUCUGGUUAAUAAAAAAUAAUAACUUCAAA